AAAUCGAAAGUUGGCAACGGAAAGUCUGCGACUGCUCUCGACAAGCCUCCGCCUGCUCAUUUCUCUCAAGAGCCUGCUCUUUGGCAAGCUCUUUCCAUUCUACUCAAUGCCUCAGGAAAACCCUCCAAUGUCUACGUCCUCAGGAGAACGUAACAUUGUUAUCAUCGGCGCCGGUAUCAUUGGUUGCACUGCGGCCUACUACAUUUCGCACCACCCAUCCUUCUCUUCGAAUACCCGAGUCACAAUUAUCGAAGCUUCCAAGAGAGGCGUUGCGCAGGGUGCCUCAGGCAAAGCCGGAGGUCUCGUGGCCGCAUGGGCGUAUCCAGAGGAGCUUGUUAGCAUCUCUUUCCCGGAGCAUGAACGACUAGCCGAGAUGUACGAUGGUGCUAACCGGUGGGGUUUCAGGUAUGUCAAUUGCGGUAGUUGGGAGGGAAGGGGAGAGGUACCAAGGCCGAGGGUCAAUGGCAGGCGGCGUAGCGUGGAUGCGGAAUUGGGACCAGAUUGGGAGAUGAGGAAAAGAGUGCAGAGAGGGCUUCCUGCCGAUCUGGAUUGGGUCAAGGAGGAACUCACAGAUUCGUACAGUGUUAUGGCUCCUGCUGGACAAACGGCUCAGGUCCAUCCGUAUCUGUUCACAACGUCCAUGUUCAAAUUCGCGAAGGAAAAAGGAGUCGAAUUCAUUGCAGGCAAGGCGACUUCGCUUAACAUUGACCCUUCUUCGAAGUCGGUCACCGGUGUGACGUAUAUCGACAACGAGUCUCAGACUGAGAAAACUAUUCCGGCGACUCAGAUCAUACUCGCAGCCGGAGUAUGGUCACCGAAACUCAUUCCCUCGCUUCCAAUCUCUGGCACUCGUGCACAUAGUAUAACCCUUCGUUUCAACCCACCCAAAGUAUUCGCUCCACACGUCCUCUUUACGGAGAUCACCAUGCCUAUCAUCCCUUCCCUCACCUCUCCGUCCUCUCCCUACUCGCCACCUUCCAAUACCGUUCGUGUAGCUUCUCCGGAGAUCUACCCUCGACCGACGAAUGAGGUCUACGUUUGUGGUCCAGGCGAUAAUCCGCCUAUUCCAGAGACAGUGGACGAUGUUAUAGUAGAGCCACGGUUGUGCGAGAAUGCUCGGGAGCAAGUGGCGAGUAUAUCGAACGAGCUGAGGGAAGGCACGAUUGCUCGUAGGCAGGCGUGUUUCUUACCUGUGGUUACUAAAGGCGGUGGACCUAUCAUUGGAGAGGCGGAAACUAUUGCGAAAGGUUUGAUCAUUGCCACUGGACAUACAUGCUGGGGUAUCUCUAAUGCACCGGGAACUGGUAAACUGUUGGCUGAACUCGUCAUGGAUGGCGAGAUCACAUCUGCAGACCUGAAGAAACUCGCACCGUCGAAGUUCAUCUAGGCCUAACCUAGUUCUGAACAACUAAACCAACGAACCGCCCUGUUUCUCCGCGUAUACCUCUAAUAUCAACAGACGUGCAUCAGGCGUUGACUGCCAUAACAACACCCGUCGCUACUGCAACGAGAAGGGUCUGGAGCCAUGUCGUUCUCUCAUGAUUUUAAAGAAGAAACACGAACCUUGCAAGUCAUGUACGACUACUCUGAGUGGAAGAAAUUAUGUGGUGGAGGGAUGAUGAUCAAAGGAGUAAUUUUAAUAUGUUUGUUGUUGUAUCGCUAGCAUCGAACACACUACGCAAUGCUAUUGUACUAGAUACUAGUAAUUCUGUGUCCCCAUAUAGAGGUAUUCCAGGUC